CGGCUUCAGCCCUCGCCUUCUACAACCGUCUUUUCCCAACUUCUCGCUCUUAGCUUUCGCGUGGCGUCCGCCUCCUCCGUGCGCUUCGCCUCCCUCCUCUUACUCCGACGCCAGAAUCAUGAAGGUCGCCAGUGGCAGUGCCGCGGCCGCCGCGGGCCCCAGUUGCGCGCUGAAGGCCGGCAAGACGGCGGGCGGCGCGGGCGAGGUGAUGCGCUGUCUGUCCGAGCAGAGCGUGGCCAUCUCGCGCUGCGCUGGGGGCGCUGGGGCGCGCCUGCCGGCCCUGCUCGACGAGCAGCAGGUGAACGUCCUGCUCUACGACAUGAAUGGCUGCUACUCGCGCCUCAAGGAGCUGGUGCCCACCCUGCCCCAGAACCGCAAGGUGAGCCGGGUGGAGAUCCUCCAGCACGUCAUCGACUACAUCUGGGACCUGGAGUUGGAGCUGAACUCAGAAUCCCAAGUCGGGACCCCCGGAGGCCGGGGUCUCCCUGCCCGGGCUCCGCUCAGUACCCUCAACGGCGAGAUCAGCGCCCUGGCGGCCGAGGCGGCAUGUGUCCCGGCGGACGAUCGCAUCUUAUGUCGCUGAAGCGCCUCUCUCCUGGAUUGGCGGACCCCAGCCCUCCAGGGGGGCGAGAAGAAUCCAUGCUCUUUUGAUCCUGCAGAGCGCCUUUGCCAGAGCUGGGGAGGCACAAGAUUGAGAUCAGCGACUGUGGGGCGCUUGCUGGAUCCAGCCCAGGGCCAGGGGACUGAGGAGAGCAGGCAGGCUGACCCUCCCUCUGCACCUACCAGCCACCAGAGACUUGGGGGACCCCCAGUGUGUUUCUAUUUUUUGAAAAGCAGACAUUUUAAAAAAUGGUCACGUUUGGUGCUUCUCAGAUUUCUGAGGAAAUUAAUUGCUUUGUAUUGUAUAUUACAAUGAUCACCAAGAAUAUUGUUUUACAAUAGUUCUGUGGGGUGGUUUUUUUUUGUUGUUGUUGUUGUUGUUAUUAAACAAAUACUUUAGACUGCGGUAAA